AAGAAAGAUCGGCAGGGUCAGGGUAUAGGUUCAAGUUGGCCUGGUAUCGCUUCAGCUUCUACCUUAUUUGUUCAUGUUCUAGCAGUAGCAAAUGCCAAAGCUAUGAUACAAAUGACUUUCCAGACUGCAAACAAACAAACAAACAUCUGCACAGUCUUAAGAAAAGGAUACUACUCCUCUCACCCACAGUCACAGCAUACUAGAAUUCAUAGAUGAAAUGCAUCAUAGAAUAAACUGUACUCAAUUGCGUCGUCAGUAGUGGCGCAGCCUCCACCCCCGCUGUGCAUCAGACUUUCAGAAAGAAGGGAACCAUCACAGAA